AUGGCUCCUCCCCCUUUAGACCGCAGAGACCUUCAUGAGCAUCCAUGGAAACGACGUGCCGUCACCACAUGGACACACAUACCGAACCCAGCAGGGCUUUAUAGGCCCAAAGAAAUUAUUCCCAUUAACUUUCUAAAUCUCUACGACACCGCUCCCAGAGCUGUGGGCGGGUCAAGAUUUCAAAACCGGAAUGUUCUCUUUGCGGCGGAGAGUUUGGAAGCUGCGAGUAAACUCGCCGUGGUUGCCUGUGAAAUGGCAAAUUUCAAAAGAAACAACGUGCACUUUGCGCUUUUGGGAAGGGAUGAUAUCGAUAUUGAGGUGUUUAAACAGCUCAACGGAAUUUCUACUGAAUUGGGAGGCUGUAACGUCGCAUUUCACGAUGCACGGGCAGAAAUGGUUAGCUUGAUGACAAAGAAUCGAAUGAAGCUGGCGAUGAGGUUUGGGCUAAGGCAUUUGCAUGAAUUUAUACAUCCUCAAGCUGUCUUUUUCUCUGUGGAACAUGAGGAGGAAUGGUUCAUGGACAUGGCACGUAAGACAGCUGGACAGCUACAAAUGCAGAUGCUAGAGCUUCCGAGCAACACAAUCGAUGAAUUAAGAUGGAUUACACGACUUGAUAGUGGUUCUCUCGAGGCGUUUAGAAAGCCAUCUUUCGAAAUUGUGAUACACGCCGAUAAGCAUUCUGGAAACCUAGAGCGUCUUCUAAAAUCCCUUCAAACCGCCGCCUAUCCUUUUGGCCACCAUCCCAAGAGCCUUACAGUUAUUCUCGACCCGUCUUCUCCCUUCCAUGGCUUCACCAAAUCAUUCCUUUCGGAUUACUCAUUCCCAUCACGCACUCGCACUUUUAUUCGAAGGCCCAUCAAUCCGGCCUCAUCCGCCGAAGAUACCGCAAAGCGGUUCAUGGAAUCCUUCUACCCCAGUAAUGAUGAUACUUUCCUUCUAGUACUUGACGCAAACGUUGAACUCUCGAAAUGGUACUUCCAUUACAUUCUGUGGACAACACUUGAAUAUAAAUAUUCCCUUUACCAGAAAUUGCGAACAGCAUCUUUAUUCGGAAUCUCUCUCGAAGAACCGCCGUCGUUUAUAAAUGGAACAAAACCAUUCACCACUCCCUCCGGAGAGCCAUCCCCGUUUCUCUACACAGCGCCAAGUAGCCGCGCAGCACUCUAUUUCCCACAACAUUGGAUUGAAUUUCACUCAUACUUUUCCCAAAGUCUCCUAUUUCCGACUAUGGGAGCAGCUUUCACGAACCAAACAAAUUUAACUCGUCUUACAAUGUCAAAGGAGAUCUCAGACUCCUGGUCGACCUCAUUUAUAAACCUCAUACGUUCCCGGGGAUACGUCAUGCUUUACCCUUCAUUCCAUAAAGAAGCGCUUGCUAUAGUCCACAAUGAAACACCAUCUUACACCCGAACAAAACAUGGCUUCGAAAAGACCCUGAUGGACAAAAACAAUGUUAUGAGAGACCUUCCCGCCCAAGCUUUACCAAUUUACAACACGAUAGCACUGGUAGACUGGUGGGGCAGAUCAAUGCAAUGGGACAAGCUAGAGCUAGACGCUCUACGUUACCGACAAGCCACUUCCUCUUGCCCUACCUCCCUGACAGCGGGGUUCAGUUUUGAUGCUGGUGACCUGUUUUGUGACGAGAAUGGGAAGCGCUUGUUAUGGUAUCAAAAUUUAUCGCUAUCGUAUCACACACUAUAG